CGCACCUGCCGCGCGCCCGGGCCGCCGAGCGGGCCCCCGGCCCCCGCCGCCCGCCCUCCUUCUCCCCCCGCGCCGGCGCUCCCGGGGCGCCCAUGGCCACUUCCCUGCAGGAUGGGCAGAGCGCCGCGGGCAGGGCGGCCGCCCGGGACCCGCCGCUGGCCGCCCAGGUGUGCGGCGCGGCCCGGGGCAGGGGCGACGCCCGCGACCUGGCGCCGGCCCCCUGGCUGCACGCGCGGGCGCUCCUGCCCCCGGCGGACGCGACCCGCGGCGGUGCUGCACGCAGGAGAAAAGAGAAAGAUCUUGAUGUUCUGGAAAUGCCAUCUAUUCCAAACCCUUUUCCUGAGCUAUGCUGUUCUCCGUUUACAUCUGUGUUAUCAGCAGGCCUUUUUCCCAAAGCAAAUUCAAGGAAAAAGCAGGUAAUUAAAGUGUACAGUGAAGAUGAGACCAGCAGAGCUUUAGAGGUGCCCAGUGACAUAACUGCCCGGGAUGUUUGCCAGCUGUUGAUCCUGAAGAAUCACUACAUUGAUGACCACAGCUGGACCCUUUUUGAGCACCUGCCUCACGUAGGUCUAGAAAGAACAAUAGAAGACCAUGAGCUGGUGAUUGAAGUGCUGUCUAACUGGGGAAUGGAAGAAAAUAAGCUAUACUUUAGAAAAAAUUAUGCCAAAUAUGAGUUCUUUAAAAACCCAAUGUAUUUUUUUCCAGAGCAUAUGGUGUCUUUUGCAACUGAAACCAAUGGUGAAGUAUCCCCCACACAGAUUUUGCAGAUGUUUCUGAGUUCAAGCACAUACCCUGAAAUCCAUGGCUUCUUACAUGCAAAAGAGCAGGGAAAGAAGUCCUGGAAAAAGAUUUACUUCCUUCUAAGAAGAUCUGGUUUAUAUUUUUCUACUAAAGGAACAUCAAAGGAACCACGGCAUUUGCAGUUUUUCAGUGAAUUUGGCAAUAGUGAUAUUUAUGUGUCACUGGCAGGCAAAAAAAAACACGGAGCCCCAGCUAACUAUGGAUUCGGCUUUAAGCCUAACAGAGCAGGAGGGCCCCGCGACCUGAGAAUGCUCUGUGCAGAAGAAGAGCAGAGUAGGACCUGCUGGGUGACCGCCAUUAGAUUGCUUAAGUAUGGCAUGCAGCUGUACCAGAAUUACAUGCAUCCACAUCAAGGCAGAAGUGGCUGCAGUUCUCAGAGUAUAUCACCUAUGAGAAGUAUAUCAGAGAAUUCCCUAGUAGCAAUGGACUUCUCAGGCCAGAAAAGCAGAGUCAUAGAAAAUCCCACAGAAGCACUUUCCGUUGCCGUUGAAGAAGGUCUUGCUUGGAGGAAAAAGGGAUGUUUACGCCUGGCCACUCAUGGUAGCCCCACUGCAUCUUUACAGAGCUCUGCCACAAACAUGGCUAUCCACCGGUCCCAGCCCUGGUUUCACCACAAAAUUUCUAGAGAUGAAGCGCAGCGAUUGAUUAUUCAGCAAGGACUUGUGGAUGGAGUUUUCUUGGUACGGGAUAGUCAGAGUAACCCCAAAACUUUCGUACUGUCAAUGAGUCAUGGACAAAAAAUAAAGCAUUUUCAAAUUAUACCAGUGGAAGAUGACGGCGACAUGUUCCACAGUCUGGAUGAUGGCCACACGAGGUUUACAGACCUGAUCCAGCUGGUGGAGUUCUAUCAGCUCAAUAAGGGUGUUCUUCCGUGCAAACUGAGACACUAUUGUGCUAGGAUUGCUCUCUAGUCAAACCGGAAGUGACUUAUUGUUCAACUGUUGAAGAAAAAGGACUUAAGAAAAAAGAGGAAAAAGAAAAACCAUGAACAAGGGAGGCCAUGGUGAAAAGAAUCUCUGUCACCUACAGGUUACAAAGCAUAGUUUUUGCAUUGGAAAUAAGAGAUUUGGAUUGACAUUACAGUCAUCCUUUAAAAUUUAUUAGUUAAAAUUAAACUUCAGAAAAAAUGA